AUGAGGAGGAGUUGGUGGUAGGCUGGCAGGAGAAGCUGUUCAGUCAGAGUGAGUCAGUAUACCAGACUCCACUGGAGAGACAGUACCACACAGAGAUCAUGGCUCUGGAGCGGACCAGGGGCAGACGGAACCGCAGGAUUUUCACCUACACCGAUUCUGACUGCUACACCAAUUGGGAAGGGGAUUCCCAGAGUAUGGUGACGCAGGUCAAGUCCAACCCUACCUUCCUGGCACAUAGGAUGGCCAAUGUCAGACACAGACGACAGGACAGACAGCCAGUUGACAGCACCUUCCCCAAGUCCAGGCUGAUUACCUGGGAGCCCUCGGAGGACUUUGUGAAGACCAGCCACGUGGUCAACACACCUGUACAGACCAUGCGCAUCAUGGGUGACCUGGGACCACCGGGCAAACUUGGCCAAAAGGAGAAGGAAUGCUUGUUGUGCACGAUAAGAGCAGAUGGAAAUGGAGUGAUUACCAUCAAACCAGACUUCAACAGUUGUUUCAUCAGCAAAGGCAAGCCUGGGAAAGAACUGAAAAAACACACUAAAGAGUCAAGACAGACACCAGAAAGAGGCCCAAGAAGACUUGGACGCAGGAUCAGAGGACAGCGAGGGAUGUUCAGAACUCACUCGGUUUGGAGAAUGACUUCUCAACCCAAGAGGCCCAAGAGCAGCUGUGAGAAAGCAUCAGUUUGGAAGCAUUUGGGAAAAUGUAAAGUGGUGAAGAAGGUUCCCGGCAAAGAGGAUUGCCUGUUAUGGGUCAGAGCCAUCUCUCAAAAACAGAACAUGGAAAGACAUAAAAACCUGGUGCACAACACAAUGCAAACAGAAAAGGCUCUCCGCAGCCAGUAAAAGGCUAGCAUGCCACAAAGCUGAAGUUCACACAGGUGAAUGGGAGAGUUGUAAAAGACAUAGCUCCAAAAUACAGGUCAUAGUUGAGCUCGUGAGCUAGUUCUGCUCUUUUUUGCAUUUUUUUGGUUUUGUGGUGCAAAACUUAGUGUGUCGAGCUUAACACGUCAACCCUGUUACCAAUAGAUAAAAAGGCUAUACAUUUUUUAGCAAUUUCAUUUUUUGUCUGAAACUUCCAAUUCAAAAGCUUCCAUUCCCCUUGUCACAAGGGAUUUAUGCAUGAUUUAAUAUGAGUGGCACAGUGGACUUAGGCACUGCAUCGCAGUUGCUAGCUGUGCCGCUAUAGAUCCUGGUUCGGCUGCGACCCGGAGACCCAUGGGUUGGCGCACAAUUGUCCCAGCGUCGUCCAGGUUAGGGGAGUGUUUGUCCGGCAGGGAUGUCCUUGUCCCAUUG